GGCCCGGGCGGAGGCGGUGCCGGGAUGGGGCUGCUGCUCAUGAUUCUGGCGUCGGCCGUGCUGGGCUCCUUCCUCACGCUCCUCACCCAGUUCCUGCUGCUGUACCGCAAACAGCCCGAGCCGCCGCCGGACGAGGCGGCCCGCACGGGCGACGGCUUCCGCUACAUCAAGCCGGUGCCGGGCCUGGCCCUGAGGGAGUACCUUUAUGGCGGCGGCGGGGCUGAGGAGCCCUCCGGCGGGCCACCCGAGGGCGGCGCGACCCCGGCCCCGGCGCUCGAGACCCCCGCCCCGCCGACGCGGGAGACCUGCUACUUCCUCAACGCCACCAUCCUGUUCCUGUUCAGGGAGCUGCGGGACACCGCACUGGCUCGUCGCUGGGUCACCAAGAAGAUCAAGGUGGAGUUCGAGGAGCUGCUGCAGACCAAGACGGCCGGGCGCCUGCUGGAGGGGCUGAGCCUGCGGGACGUGUUCCUGGGCGAGACCGUGCCCUUCAUCAAGACCAUCCGCCUCCUGCGGCCGGUGGUGCCCUCGGCCAGCGGGGAGUCGGACGGCCCCGAGGGGGAGACCCUGCCCGCCACCUCCCCCGAGGAGCUGGCCUUCGAGGCGGAGGUGGAGUACAACGGGGGCUUCCACCUGGCCAUCGACGUGGACCUGGUCUUCGGCAAGUCCGCCUACCUGUUCGUCAAGCUGUCCCGAGUCGUGGGGAGGCUGCGCUUCGUCCUCACGCGCGUGCCCUUCACCCACUGGUUCUUCUCCUUCGUGGAGGACCCGCUGAUCGACUUUGAGGUGCGCUCCCAGUUUGAAGGGCGGCCUAUGCCCCAGCUCACCUCCAUCAUCGUCAACCAGCUCAAGAAGAUCAUCAAGCGCAAGCACACUCUCCCGAGUUACAAGAUCAGGUUUAAGCCGUUUUUUCCAUUCCAAACUUCGCAAGGAUUUGAAGAAGAUGAAGAAGAGCAAAUCCAUAUACAACAAUGGGCACUUACUGAAGGCCGCCUUAAAGUUACAUUGUUAGAAUGUAGCAGGUUACUCAUUUUUGGAUCCUAUGACAGAGAGGCAAAUAUUCAUUGUACACUCGAGUUGAGCAGUGGUGUUUGGGAAGAAAAACAAAGGAGUUCUAUUAAGACGGUUGAAUUAAUAAAGGGGAAUUUACAGAGUGUCGGACUUACACUUCGUCUUGUCCAGUCAACUGACGGCUACGCUGGGCAUGUCAUAAUUGAGACGGUGGCCCCAAACUCGCCUGCUGCACUUGCAGAUCUUCAGCGGGGAGACCGACUGAUUGCUAUUGGAGGCGUGAAAAUCACAUCUACCCUGCAAGUGCUGAAGCUGAUCAAGCAGGCGGGGGACCGGGUGCUGGUGCACUAUGAGAGGCCCGUCGGCCAGAGCAGUCAAGGCGCAGCACUGCAGGAUAAUUUGGGGCAGUUGGAAGACAACUUGCUGUCAAGCUCGUGCCAACCAAACUAUGAAGAGGAAACCACUGGGCUGGCAGUAGAUGCUGAAAAUAGAGAUUUGGAUUCUGAAUUUGAAGACCUGGCAAGUGACGUCAGAGCACAAAAUGAGCUCAGAGAUGAGGCUCCAUCAGUAAGUCACAGCCCCAAACGUACUCCGACAACACUUUCCGUUAAACCUCUUGGAACCAUAUCACCAGUCUUAAACCGUAAAUUAAUUGUAGGAAGUCACCCACCACCACCAAAACCUCCAUGUAAAGAGGGAAAUAAACCCUUGGCCCUAAAAGCUUCUGAGAUAACAGACCCAACACAAGUGUCAAAACCCACCCAAGGAUCCACUUUCAAACCACCUGUGCCACCACGACCACAAGUGAAAGUUCCUUUGCCUUCUGCUGACACCCCAAGUCAGACAGAAUCAGAGGUCCUCCCUGAAAAGCCAGAAAAGGUGCUGCCUCCUCCUCCUGCAGAUAAACCUGCUGAAAAGCAAGCGAAAAAUGUGGAUCACCCAGAAGAUGUAGCUCCAUCUAAGCCAUUUUUAGCAAAGCAAGAAGUGACGAGAGAUUUUACUUCAGAAAGCUCCUGCCCUCCUAAAGACAGUUCAGAUGACCUUCAGACGUGGGAAUCAUCAGAAAUUCCUUACCGUAACAAGCUAGGAAAAUGGACAAGAACCAGAGCAACCUGUUUCUUUGACAUAGAAGCCUGCCACAGAUACUUAAACAUUGCACUAUGGUGCAGAGAUCCUUUCAAGUUAGGGGGUCUUAUCUGUUUGGGGCAUGUCAGCUUAAAACUUGAAGAGGUGGCUUUGGGGUGCCUGGCUACAUCAAACAUGGAAUACUUCUCCAAGUUCAGACUGGAAGCCCCCUCACCUAAGGCAAUGGUCUCGAGAACCGCGCUGCGCAAUCUGAGUAUGCAGAAGGGCUUCAAUGACAAAUUUUGCUUUGGUGACAUUACCAUUCACUUCAAAUACCUGAAAGAAGGAGAACCAGACCACCCGAUAGUUACUAACUCAGAGAAAGAAAAAGAACUCCAUUUGGUCGAAGAGGUUUCUGCCCUACCUAAAGAGGAGCAGCUGGUUGGACAGAUGGGUUUAACAGAAAAUAAGCAUAGUUUCCAGGAUACUCAGUUCCAGAACCCAACUUGGUGUGAUUACUGUAAGAAAAAAGUGUGGACUAAAGCUGCUUCCCAGUGUAUGUUCUGUGCUUACGUUUGCCAUAAAAAAUGUCAGGAAAAGUGUCUAGCGGAGACGCCUCUUUGUGGAGCAACUGAUAGGCGGAUAGACCGGACUCUGAAAAACCUCAGGCUGGAAGGACAAGAAACCUUCUUAGGCCUGCCUCCUCGUGUUGAUGCUGAAGCUAGCAAGUCAGUCAACAAAACAACAGGUUUGACAAGACACAUUAUCAAUACGAGCUCUCGUUUGUUAAAUUUGCGCCAAGUCUCUAAAACUCGCCUCUCUGAACCAGGAACUGAUCUAGUGGAACCUUCACCAAAACACACACCCAACACAUCAGACAAUGAAGGCAGUGACACAGAGGUCUGUGGUCCGAACAGUCCUUCUAAACGAGGAAACAACACAGGAAUAAAGUUGGUGAGGAAGGAGGGUGGUCUGGACGACAGCGUUUUCAUUGCAGUUAAAGAAAUAGGCCGUGAUCUUUACAGGGGCUUGCCUACAGAAGAGAGGAUCCAGAAAUUAGAGUUCAUGCUGGAUAAACUGCAGAACGAAAUUGACCAGGAGCUGGAACACAAUAAUUCCCUUGUUAGAGAAGAAAAAGAAGCAACUGAAUCAAGGAAAAAAUCCCUUCUUUCUGCUGCUUUGUCUAAAUCAGGUGAAAGACUACAAGCUCUAACACUUCUCAUGAUCCACUACAGAGCGGGCAUUGAAGAUCUUGAAUCUUUAGAAAGUCUGUCUUUAGACCAGCACUCCAAAAAAAUAAGCAAGUACACAGAUGAUACGGAAGAAGACCUUGAUAAUGAAAUCACCCAACUAAUAGACUCCCAGCCAUUCAGCAGCAUAUCAGAGGACUUAUUUGGCCCAUCUGAGUCUGUUUAACAGACAGCCCGUUUGAACUUUUCGAGUGAUUUGGAAAAAGUUACAUCUCGAGGAACACAGAUAACCCGUGUGUAAGCCCUCUUCUGAUGCACUUCGGCCUGCUUCUCCACAGCCAUUUGCUUAUGUAAAAACAAGAGUGAAAAAAGGUUGUUUUCCAGCAAAAACAUGACCAGCUCACUAAAUUGGUUGUUUUCAGAUUGCAUUUAUAGCUGUGCUUUUUUGGGUUUAUACUGGGAAUUUAUUUUUACUAAUUUAUUUUUAACUUUUUCUAAUUAUGUAAUUAUGUAAGCUAACUUUCCAUGUUUAUGUACAUGUGAUAUCUCAUUGUGUUAUUUUCCUUCAUCUUAGUUUUUGAAGGAGUGUUAAAUAGAAUACUGUCCAGAUCCUUGAAAUAUUUUCAUUUCCAUCACGGUUACAACAAGUUUGCUGCAUGCCCAAACUGACAACAGCAAUCAUUGAGGGAACAGGUUUUUGAAUCUUUGUGUUAGGAAAUUUGUCAUCUCUAUUUGCUUGAAGUUUUUGUUAAUUUGGGGUUUCUGGGAUGGUUUUUUGUUUUUGCCAAAUGUAACGUAAAGCAGAUGCUGCGCCUUUAGUCAGUUACACUGAUUUAGUAAAAAAAA